AUGGCUGGUCCUAAUCCAGAAUGGGAUUCAUCGUCAAUGUUCAUGAUAAAAGGCGAUGGAGUCAGCAAUAAAAGCCCAAUAAGAUCCGAGUCAACCUCUAGAAAAAAUUCCACGGUGAAAUCAUGCGUACCCGUCUCGGCUGAAACCAUCACGGUAAAAGAUUUUUUUGAUUUUAUGAAAACGGCUUAUCAGGUUUACGAACAUUUAGAAAAUGAUGAAGAUGAAGGGUCAAAGAUUGACUGGGAAGAAUUAACUAAAUUAACUGUAAUCAACCACGUAAUCGAGCAACAGGAAAGGGAUCUCCUAUAUCAGACGUCGUAUGAUGAACCAAAAGCUGUUAUAAGCAAGAGUGAUACAGUUGUGGGUAAGAAAAAUAGCCAGGAACGGUUGGAAAAACGAUUCAGUUGCAGUGAACUUGAAGCGAAAGGACGACGGGCCCACGCGCCAGAAGCUAGAGUCGAAAUGCUAGGCGUAUGGACGGAAGCAAAUUUGAACUGUAAACUAAACGAUGUUGUCAAUGAGGGCAUUUUGGACUCUAUUCUACCAUAUUUGCUAGGAUACAAAAAGCCGUCCAAAACGACGAGCGUUUACGCACCGAUCAUCAAGAAAACACCAUCUGCUAACACAGUCGAUGUAAAAAAACCUGCAAGUUUUGGAGGAUUUAUGGACGAAAAAGAUUCACGAGACCGCUUGGGGAGACGUAAAUCUUCUGUCAAUGCAGCUCACGAGCGCAUUAUUCAGAAACAAGAGGGGGACGUAGAAAUUCACGUUUGCGAUGAAGUGAAAGGCCUCAAGAAAGAUUUUAGAUGUCCUCAGAAGUUAUUAGUAGCGAAGAUGGGAUACUUCGCUGAUGUCACAGCUGGUCAGAGAUUAGAAGAUAUGGACAUAUCUGUUCAUUGUGAUAUUCAGAUUUUUGACUGGCUAAUGCGGUGGGUAAAGAGAGAUACGAUUCUAGUGGCUGACUGGCCCAUUUUGGAUCCUCACAACGUUGUUCCCAUUCUGGUGUCUGCGUCUUUCCUUCAGAUGGAACCAUUAUUACAUGACUGUUUGAUAUACUGUCACGCUCAGAUGAACGACAUCGUGAAGACUUCGACGAAUUUGGCUUGUCUGAGUGAUGCGCUGCUUAACAGACUGGCUGCCAUGUACACGAAUGUGGAGUUAGAAGCAAUCAAAGAUCGCAAGGACAAAAUCCAGUCUCGUCUUUUUUGCAAGAUGAUUUUAUCCUUGGCGGAAUUAGUGCCGGAAACCCUCAGAGGACACUACUCGACACUCUCCACGCUCUUUAAAUGCAACAAAUGUUAUAAGUUAUUGGGGCGUCAUAUCGCAGAGCAGGUGCCUUGUCAACCAGCUAGCAUGAGAAUUGAUCGACGAGGAAAUGUCAUCUCGACGCACACCAAAGACCAAACUUGGAGCUUGAACGAAUAUAUAACGUGGUUGUAUGGCGAAUUGCGAUCAUGGCGCCGUGUGUACUGGCGAUUGUGGGCCGACUGCCAUUUUUUAAAGUGUCAGCUCUGCGAAAGCUACUUUCCGGUUUAUCAGAUGGAAUGGUGUUCCCACCAUGAGCAGCCGCCCCACAUGUUUACUUUAGAUGGAAAGCCCUCGCUUCCAGCAGGUCGAUACCCUUGUUGUGGUGAGAGAGCGUACCGUUUUGAAUCAGUCACCAGGAAUACUGGUUGUCAGUUCCGAGAGCACGUGCCAGAUGAACAGUUGCAGACCGAUGCCUCGGUCAUGGAGAUCUACAACAAGUUCCGUGAUAUAAUCGCAAUGAGGCCACCUCAACUCAUGUUUCCUGAACGCCUCACAAGACUCGUUGGUAGAGAAUCUGGUGAGGAGGCCAGUGGCCGGCUUCACUGCAAGGAGGUGUUCUGGUGGGAAGGCAUACAGCUAGUACCGCCGCGCCCGCCGCUCGGCCUGCUCGGCAAACUUUACACCAGCAACAACAAGUUCAACCCGGCCGUCCGGCCCGGCUCGCCCGCUUUAGGCCCGACUCAGGUGUCCACUCAAUCUCUUGCGGGGAACUGCUCCAGUGGCUCUGCGGUCACCCUCGAGAGGGAGAGGGAGAUCAAACCUAUUCCCAAGCCUCCAAUCAAAGAUGAAGUUCCGAGAGCCAAGACAGGCGCCCCUGGCGGUGGCGAUUCGGCCGGAGAGUCAGGAGGAGAGCAGUCCAGUUCUUCGGACGAUAGCGAACAGAGUUCUGCUAGUGCCAGGAGCGAUGAGGAAUCUGCGCCGCGACCGAUGAACAGAGCAGCUAGGAGACACUCGCACUCACACCCGGCAACCAAACGAACUCGUGUUGUGGGUCGUCAGUGGAUUUCGUGUCUCUCAGCUCGUAGCAAUCAAGACGGACAGCGAAGAUUUGAAGAGCGCGCUUCGCGACAAAUGCGCAUCGCACUUGCGCGAACUGCUCAAAUGCAGCAGAAUAAAGCGAAGACUAGUCCCGCGGGUGGGGUAUACGCGCGACUAGAGGCAGAGUGGCGCGAGCGUCACGGUCAGAGAUCGCGAAACACGGUGCCUGUGCGACCUAGACAACACCAACCAGCUAACAAGUUUAAAUAA